ACAAGGCCACACCAUGGACGAAUAUGAGGUAGGAGUAACAAUUCAGGAGAUCCUGAUGUAUACGACAGAUGACAUCGAGGGCGCUGCAACCACUCUUCCGGCGCGUGAUACCAUACCGUCCUAUGAUUGGCUGUGGGAUCCAGUCACGUGGUCAUGGUGGGAGAUCAUGCAGGCGGUGUUCGCUUCGUUAGGUAUCGUCGGGAACCUUCUCGUCAUGACCGUUCUUUUUCAGAGACGGACGAUGAGAAAGUCGGCCGACGCCCUCAUCGGUGCCUUAGCAGCUGCUGAUUUUAUGACGUCACUCUUCAUGAUACCCCACCCCAAACCAAAAACAGUCCCCGAUACUCUUCUCGGUCACAUCGUCUGCAAAGUUCUUCUCUCAUCCAUCUCCGUGUGGGUAUCCAUCAUGGCGUCGGUGCUCACACUCACUGCCAUAUCAAUCGAAAGGUAUAUUGCAGUGGUCCAUCCUUUCUACGCAAAACGUUACCUGACCAAGCGCCGUACGAUGAUUGCUGUGACUUUUAUCUGGUUAUGUAGUUUCAUAAUAAAUUGCCAAUCAUUCGUUGUUACGACUGUAGAUCCGCUAACGCAUAACUGCAUAGUGAGAUACAAAUCUCCGAUUGCCCAGAAAAUAUUUGGUAUCUGCGUUUUCCUGAUUCUCUUUGUCUUCCCAACAUCAAUAAUGCUCAUCUCUCAGAUUCUUACCGCUAGAGAACUGAAAAGACAAUCCAAAUACUUUUCGGACGAUAUCAGGACAGACCGAUCAAGUCCUGCUUACAACCUUCUCCGCGCCAAAAAGCGCGUCGUGAAACUCCUUCUCAUAGUCGUAUCCAUGUACAUAAUCUGUUGGGCACCCGACCAUCUCGCCUUCUUAGCUUUCAACCUAAAUUUGUUAGACGCCUCGUUCCUCUAUAGUCCCUUGUAUCAAGGUCUAGUCGCUCUUGCGUUCUUUAAUUCUUGUGUGAAUCCUAUCGUCUAUGGCGUUCAUUAUCCCGAAUUUAGAGCAGCUCUCAGGGCAACCUUUUGGCAGUCUUCGAGUUCCACUCGCCGGGCGUCCUUAUUUGGUCCUGACCUGAGUUCUAGGACAUGAGCUCCAGGACCUACGUUCAAUGACUUUGGGACGUUCAUGUGGACGUAUAUAAUUAUAUAAUACAUAUGAUAAUAAAAAUUAGUGUAAACGUCUGCAGUAUUUAUGAAAUGUGUGUAAACCACGCAUGUCGUGAAGUCGCGUACGGUGUACCACCCACCUUCUUGUUAGAAAAUGGAUUAUUAUUUUUAAGAAAUUUCAU